UUUUAUACAAUUAUUGUAUUUUUAUGGAGAUAAAUAAAGUACAAUCUCGUUAUCCAUUAAUUGGUUUUAUCAACAGUGGCCGCAGUGAAAUGUAAUAAUGGAGGCAUUGAAGCACAUUCGAAUACUAACGUUGCAAGGGGAACUGCACUUUGAAAUACCCAGAGUCGAGACAGUCGAGUGGGAACUACGGACGAGAGCGGAAGCAUUCGCGCAAGUACAGUUCUAUCGACUUAAGCAUAUCAACGGCUGUUGUACAAAACUCCCCCGUGAAUCUCUGAAACUAGAAGAUAAAUCUCGCACUGAAGUCACUGAAGAAGACAGAAUGGCGAAGGAAACAAACUCGGCCGAGUCGGGACUUUCGAAGAUUGACUUGAAUUCUGAUGAUCCGUUUGAUCUCUUUAUCCAGUGGCAGACCGAAUCCGAGAAACGAAUUAUUUGUUUGUCUACUAGCUCGGCUGACAAUAAACCUCACUCGAGACACGUCAUGUUAAAAAAAUAUGACAAAAGCGGAUUCGUUUUUGUCACCGAUAGCAGAAGCCGCAAAGCCCAAGAAUUGAAUGAAAACGAAAUGCGCGCUGCUAUAUGUAUCUACUGGAUGAACCAAGACCGUGACAAGAAUUUUGUUCUGAGACAGGCACGAAUCGAAGGAACGGUGGAGGUUUGCCCCAGAGACACAGUUGAAGAACUUUAUAAUGCGGAUCCACUUUAUUGCAAAAUUCGAGCACAUCUCUGCCAUCAAGAUGCUCCCGUUGAUUGGGAGCAAUUGAAAAAACGGCAUGACGAGUUGCUCAGAGAGGGGAAAAUGAACAAUUCUGCUCUCCCCAUGCCUGAUCAUUUUGUCGGAUACAAGUUGGUGCCUAAUUGGAUGGAAUUCUACGCUGCAGACAAUAGCAACUUUAUCGCGGAUCGAUUUGUAUUUGUUAGAGAUUCCAACGGCAAAUGGAUGAUAUUUGAGUCAGAAAUAUUUUAUCCCCCUCGGGGCAUAAUAGCUAGUUUUUCGCACAGCUCGAUCACAUAUACUCCCUCAAGGAAAUUGGUAGAGAAGUUAUCGUAAAACCCGCUACCCGCAAAAGCUGCAGCGGUUUGAAUCUCGCGGUACGACCCGAUAAA